ACAGACUCAGUCCACGAGCCAGCCAUGAUGGAGUGCAUUCAUGUAGCCGUUGUCCUGUUCAGUCUUCUGUCUCUUGGACAGUCAGCUCCUGCGACCAACUGUGAUAUUCUCACCCAACCAAUUCAACUUAGUGGGAGGGAUCAGCUCCUUGGAAGAUGGAAUUACAUGGCAGAGAGCACAGACUUGCCCGGAUACACUGAGCUGUCAAAGAUGUUCACCGCGACGGUCUGGAGGAAUCUCACUGCUGCUGCUGAGGAGAAUGUCAUCACAAGUAUUCAAUACCAAAAAAUGUUUGGCCUGUGCUACACUUAUUCAUACAACAUGACCCUGGAAAACAAUGCUCUUGUUUUAGUGCAUCCCUACCCCCCGACUACUUUCCACCUUAAUACGGGCUGCCCUGACUGCAUGGUUGUGUACUCCAACUACACAAUUGGCAAAAGCUCAUUCAGGAGUCUGCAGCUUCUGAGUAGGAGAUCACAGGUUUCUGCUGCUGAACUAGAAGAGUAUAAGAAACAGGCAGAGUGUUUGAACUUACCUGGAGCUGUCAUCAUGGACGUAGAAAAAGGUUUUUGCCCAGAUCCAUCUCUCUCCAAAGACACAAAGAUCACCGAUCUGACCAGCAUCUUCAGUACCAUGGGCUCUGAUGAUAUGGACCUAAUGGAUAAGAUUUUAAGGAAGGUCAAAGAGUCAAGCUUUUUUUCUGACGCUUUUUCAAAGUUCUCCAACACUGUAACCGCUAUGUUUGAAAAUUAACAUGACUGGGAGGCUCAUUUUGCUGUAUUAAAAAUGGAAAAUAAAACUUGGCAUUGUUUU